AUUUGCACUUCAUCCAGAGUCGAUGAGCCGAUUCCAGCAUCUCGUUCAGGCCGCCGUGCACAGCGCGGUCGCGCAAGCACCAGCAGCAGCCGCGCUUUCCUCCGUUCUGGCCGCAACGAGCAGCCUGUCGCCGAUGGUGGCCAAGUCCUCUUCUGCAGGAUCGCCCUUCUACUCGUACGCCUCGCCGACGGUGGGCGCAGGUGUCAUCCCGACGGUGGUCGAAAACACGGGCAAAUCGGAGCGCUGGUUUGAUCUGUUCUCACGAUUGCUGCGAGAACGCAUCAUCUGUCUCAUGGGACCUAUUGACGAUUCCACGGCAUCUGUGAUUGUCGGCCAGUUGCUCUUCCUUGAAGGCGACAAUCCACUCAAGCCAAUACACAUGUACAUCAACAGUCCCGGUGGCGUGGUGACGGCCGGCAUGGCAAUCUAUGACACGAUGCAGUACGUCCAGUCUCCAGUGUCGACCAUCUGCAUGGGUCAGGCAGCAUCGAUGGGCUCUUUGAUUCUGGCCGCCGGUGCCAAGGGGCAGCGCUUCAUCCUCCCACAUGCUCGUGUCAUGAUUCACCAACCUCUGGGUGGCGCUCAGGGUCAAGCGUCUGACAUUGCCAUCCAAGCCCGCGAAAUUCUGAAAAUGCGCGAGAUGCUGAACCGAAUCUAUGUUGAGCACACUGGUCAGCCCCUGAAACGCAUUGAGGAUGCCACCGAACGCGACUACUUUAUGAAUCCCGAAGAGGCCAAGGAGUUUGGAAUCAUUGACCAAGUCAUUCAAAAGCGUGACAUUACUGUCCCAGUGUAAAACAACUCUUUGGGCAACCUCUGCCAAAAUGCCAACCAAAUUUUGUGCCUGUUGUUUGUUUGUUUGUUUGUGUGUUUGUUUGAUUGGUGCCUCCUUUCACACAUACACAUACACACACAUGCACGCACCUUUCAAUACAUGCGUUUGUUAAAAUUCA